AGUAGCGGGAACGGCCGGGCGUACCACGCCGGGCCGGGUCGGCUAGUCGAGCAGAUUUCGGCGGUCACUGCGCACGCGCCGGCCGCGCGGUGGCCCGGGCCGCCGCUGCUGCCCGAGGCGCCACCGCCGGCGGCGACUCGGUCUCAGUUGCUUCUGCGCCAGCGGGGAGAGGGCACGCGCCGGUCGCCUCUAUCACAAAGGAACCGCGUGCUCGGGCCGUGGCGCGGGUGGGAGCGGCGCCGCGCCAGCCAUGGGGAACGCCAACGAGACGCUGGCGCACGAUGGGUCGGAGCCGCAGCUGGCGCGCACCACUACCAUGCCCACCAUCCAGGAGGAGGACGAGGAUGCCAGCGACAAGUCCCAUUCCGGGGGAGUUCACAUGGCUCCCCGGACAGACGAGGAGGACAGACGUCCUCAGUUUCACAUAGGUGAUCAGAGGCGAUCAAUACAAGGCGAGGACACGCAGUUCCUGAGAGUACCACAGCUCAGACGAGAGUCGGCGGCCGGUGGCGAGUCUGCAGACCCGGAGGCCGACCAGAACGAGGACGUGGUGCUCCAAGUGCCGCACGUCGUGCCGCCCGACGGCGGAUGGGGAUGGGUCAUCGUCGCAGCCAGCUUCAUGUGCAACGCCAUCGUGGACGGCUUCAUCUUCAGCUUCGGCGUCCUCCUGCUGCCGCUCGUCGACGAGUUUGGAGAGAGCAAAUCAAAGACGGCCUGGAUAGGCUCCAUCCUCUCCGGUUUCUACCUCAUUGCAGGGCCCUUUGUAAGUGCCCUGGCAAAUAAGUUUGGCUUCCGAGUCGUCACCAUUAUGGGAGCAGUCAUCUCCAGUCUGGGGUUUUUCAUCUCAGCGUACGCCACGUCAGUGGAUUUCCUGGUCAUAACCUAUGGCCUUGUUGGAGGUAUCGGUUUCGGCAUGAUCUAUCUGCCAGCUGUGAUCGCUGCCGGGUUUUACUUCGACAAGCGGCGGGCUCUGGCCACCGGUAUCGCUGUGUGCGGUUCGGGAAUAGGCACCUUCAUCAUGGCGCCGCUGGUCAGCUCGCUGGUCAAGUGGCGCGGCUGGAGGGGCGCCGUCAUGGUUCAGGCAGGUAUCGUGGUGACGUGCGCGCUGUUCGGCGCGCUGUUCCGGCCCCUGCAGCCGGUCAAGACCACUCAGACCGUGGACGCGUCCUCCGUUCCCGGCACGCCGCUCAUGAUCCGCAUCAAGCGGGCGCGCGAUAAGCUGAUGGAGGACGUGACGCCGUUCGGCUCCAUGUACUCCAUCGAGGCCGCCAUGUCCAGGAACACGUCAGCCAGCAACUUCAGGCGUCCGUCGGCGGUGGACGGUCGUCCGAGCGCCCUCACCGGGGUACGCAGUGAGCACCACAUGCCGCGGCGGGGCAGCGAGCAGCGCCGUCACCCUGCCGACGGGCAGCACCGCAAGUCGUUGCCGUCCAUCAACUACGCACGUAUCCUGAUGGAUCGUCGCAGCAGUCAGCCGCCGACCCCGCGACCGGGCGGCAGCCCAGCCCCCGGCGCCGGCCCGGCCCCGGCCAAGCUCAGCCCGCGCUCCUCCGACAGCGGCUAUGCCGAGGCCGAGGAGCGUCAGGCGGCACCGGCAGACACCGGCCGGCCUCUGUUAGAGGUCGUGCCGCCGCCUGACGAGCCGGAGCCGGCCGCGGGUCAGGACGCCGCGCCGCACACCGAUGAUAACCGGAACGAGCUGUCGCCCGGCUCGGCGGCCGGCUCCGGGCAGCUGAAGGUGCCGACCGCAGCACACCCCGGCGGCUCGCAGCAGCUGCGCCUGCCGGAGACGAGGCGGCGCUUCUCCGUGCAGGACGCCGCCCGACCCCUGUACAGGGAGGACAUCUUCUACAGCGGCAGCGUGCUCAAACUCAAGGAGUUCGCCAGCGUCGAGAGCGCGGACAAAUACCACGCGUCCGUGACGCACCUGCCACCAGCGUGGCCCACGGAACAGGAGGAAACCGAGGCCGAGCGACGCGCCGCCGCCUACUGCUUCUGCUGCUCGCGGCCCUUCACGGACGUGCUGGCCACCAUGCUGGACUUCUCGCUGCUGCGGAGCCCAACCUUCAUGGUGCUGUCGCUGUCUGGCUUCUUGGCACUGAUGGGGCUGUUCGUGCCGUUCAUGUAUCUGGUCGACCGCGCCAUUCUGCUGGGUAUUGACGAGGCAUCUGCCACGUUCAUCAUCUCUCUGAUCGGCAUAAUGAACACGGUGGGCCGGGUGGGCUGCGGAUGGAUCAGCGACCACCCGCGCGUCGACGCCCUCUUCGUCAACAACGCCGCCAUCAUCACGGCCGGCGUGGCCAGCAUCGCGUCACCCUCCUUCCAGACAUACGAAAUGCUCAUGGCGUACGCCGUCGUCUUCGGCAUGGCCAUCGCGUGUUUUGCGUCGCUGCGCUCGAUUCUGGUGGUGGAGAUGCUGGGGCUUCAUCGCCUGAACAAUGCGUUCGGCCUGAUGCUGCUGUUCCAAGGAAUCGCAGCAACUGUCGGCGGCCCCAUUGCAGGAACUCUGUACGACUCCACACAGAGUUACGACGCGACGUUCUACAUCGCCGGCUCCUUCUUCCUGGCUGCCGGCGUCAUCAGUCUUCCGCUGCACCGCAUCAAACGCUGGGAGGAGCAGAACUCGGGACAGGGUGUGCGCGACCCGGUCAUGCCCAGUGGACACGUCUAGGGGAGCUGAAAGUGGCGUCUCUCGCCUAUAUACUGAAGUGGGUGGGUUGGCCAGUGUUGGACACAAAAGAAUGACGCUGCGCUACAGCCAGCUGAUGAGAGUCAAAGAGCGUGUGCAGAUACAGCGAGUGAGAGCGAACGAGUGAACGCGAGUGAGGACCUCAAGGACUCCAGUGUGAUGUGCGGAUAUUUCCGACCAGCUAGCUGCCAGGCACGCGCAAACGGGUCGGUCUCCCGGGCAGUGUUUCGGCCCCUACUCCAGCGUUGAACCUUACAGUGCGUUUGCACAAAGCAGUGGUCUGGUGCGAACUCAAGUGCCUAUUAUUACGACGCGUAUGACUAUGGACAAUGGACAUCUCCGGUGCUUAUCGCCAUGGCACAAGUGGACAGGUAAGUGUUUUAGCCCCACGGUGAACUCCAGUGUUUAAUGUUACAGUGCUUGUGACUUUGGGCAAACACAUGGUUUACCGUUAGAGCGCGAGUGCGCGGCGUGGUACUCCAACCGAAACUCCAACUGUGCACGUUACGGGAAGCGUAAUUUGUAUAUUGUGUAGACGAGUGUAGUGUUCCACUCGUUCUUAUCCCAGUGGUAAGGCGUAUGCGUGUGAGGAGGUGUUCCAACCUCAACUCCAGUGUUAUGGCGCAUAUGCAUUUGACGGAACGAUGUUCUGGCCACAGCCCCAUUGUAAUGGCCCGUGGGUAGGUGUAUGGGCCGAAACUCCAUUGUGGUUAAUCAGAGGAGUUCCAGCCCGGGCUAACUUCCGUUCUUCUGUGUGCAUGGGAGGUUAUGCCGACCCUACUGACUCCAGUGUUUGAUGUUGCGACGGUAAAGUGUUAAGUGGUAAAGUGGUGCAGUGCAAUCGCUGCGUUAGGAAACCUGUAUGUAUGUACUCCAAAUGAUGAUUAUGUGAAGCUCGAUGUUAGAGCUGUGGAUUUUUUUUUGAAGAUGGGAGAUAGGACAUUGAGGAGUUUUGCUGCCGUUAGGUACAGAAACAGUGUUGUUCUGUGCGCGAAUGUCAAGUUGUCACGUCAUGUUCGGGGUUUAGUGUUCGCGUUGUCCUUUGAUAUGGACUGUUGGCAGUGUACGUACACUGUCUCCUAUAUGUACGUACUUGCGUAAUGUCAUUCGGCCCUUCGGCCGAAUCCAGCGAGUGAGCUUUGCCUGGGUUCAAGUGAUGAGCUCAGUAGCCAGCAACGCGGCGCUGGGCUAAUCUAGCGCACAUUUAUCAUAAAUAUUGCGCAAAAGAAAACAAAACACCCUCAUCAUGGUGGAAAUACAGUGAACAGAAACUUUGAAAUAAAAGUGUUGAAGAUAACAGGAAAGAAA